GAGAAAAGCUCGUGUUUAAAGAAUCUUGAAGAUGCUUUGAUGUCAUAUAAACGGGUGCUCUAACACCUUGAUAGCAUCACCCUUUUGAAAAUGGCGUUGCCACGUCAUACACCUGGUCUAAUCCCACCCACGCCCAGGCAAUUUCCUUGGGAUCAUUUCUUCUUGAGCUCCUCCAUGUACGUUUCGCCUCGUAUAAAUUCAACCCACAAACCUCAAUUGCCCUUUCAUUCACCCUCUUCGAUAUAUGUGUAUGCACACAAGAUACAUUUAGAGUUCACAUUUCUUUUCUUGAAUAAAUAUGCCAACCUGGUGGGGGAAAAAAACUAUUAAGUCUGAGAAUUCUGCAAAGGAUUCAUCAAACUCACCAAGAAGAAGCAGGAGUUUUUCUACUAUAGGAGAACGAGGUGGAGGGCACCCAUUGCCCAGUCCCUUGGAGUCAUCGAGUGAGCACAAUCAUGCUCGUGGAGCCGGAUGUGUAUCCGGGUCGAGUUCUGUUUCAAGUGUUGGUUCAUCCGAAUCAUCUUAUGACCAUGCACAAGUUGUGGUCGAUCAUGCUUUCAGAGAAUCUCGAGAUAAAAAAUCAAGCCCUUUGUUGCGAAGCCCGAGUCAAGGUGCAAGGGUGACUACCAACAUCACCUCACCUCUUCAUCUGCGAUCUUAUGGUAUUAAUAUGGAUUCUCCGACCAGGAAAUCGGAAGAUGGAAAGAGUGAAUGUCAUAGGCUACCCCUUCCACCUGGUUCUCCUUCCAGCCCUUCUAUGUUUCUGACCCCAAGAAGUCCCGGGAUAACUAAAACCUCAAGUUGUAAUCCAUCAAAAUGGAGGAAAGGGAGGCUUCUAGGAAGGGGAACGUUUGGUCAUGUUUAUCUCGGAUUCAACUGUGAGAACGGUCAAAUGUGUGCCAUAAAAGAAGUCCGGGUUAUUUUGGAUGAUCUAUCAUCCAAAGAAUGUCUCAAGCAAUUGAAUCAGGAGAUUGACUUGCUCAGCCGGCUUUCACAUGUAAACAUUGUUCAGUACUAUGGUAGCGACCUGAGUGAAGAAACACUAUCUGUUUACUUAGAGUACGUUUCGGGGGGUUCCAUCCAAAAAUUACUGCAAGAAUACGGGCCAUUUGCUGAGCCAGUUAUACAAAAUUACACUCGGCAAAUUCUCUUGGGGCUCGCUUACUUACAUGGAAAAAAUACAGUCCACAGAGAUAUCAAAGUAGCAAACAUAUUAGUAGGUCCCAAUGGUGAAAUCAAACUUGCUGAUUUCGGCAUGGCAAAACCUAUAAAUUCCUGUCCUUCAAUGCUAUCUUUCAAAGGAAGUCCUUAUUGGAUGGCACCUGAGGUUGUAACGAAUACAAAUGGUUAUAGCCUUCUGGUGGAUAUAUGGAGCUUAGGAUGCACAGUUCUCGAAAUGGCAACCUCGAAACCACCGUGGGGCCAAUAUGAAGGGGUUGCUGCAAUAUUUAAAAUAGGAAACAGCAAGGCUAUCCCGGAGAUUCCUGAUCACCUAUCGCCUGAUGCAAAAAGUUUCAUAAGGCUGUGCUUGCAGAGGGAACCAUCUUCAAGGCCAAUGGCUUCCCAACUACUGGCUCACCCCUUUGUUAGAAAUCAAACGGCAAUAAGAGCUGCCAAUGUCCCCCAUGCCUUGGAUAGAAGCCUCACAACUACGAGCGCCGAGCUGCUUUCCAGCAGAAUGAGUAAUAGUUCUAAUAGGGAUGAUACAUCAAGGCCAAUACCAACCACACUAAGGACCUUAUCGUGCCCGAGGGAUAGUGCGAGAACAAUGGUAUCCUUGCCGGUUACUCCCAUUUCAAGCCCAUUACGAUAUCAUGGAUCGGUGCACACAAGCCGGUUUUUUUCUCCUACACACCCGUCUUACACUUUUGUCGACCAAAGCAUUUACAAUCAGAGUGAUCAAUCCCUAUUUCCCGUGGAACUAAACACCAGAAGAACACUAGAUCAAUGGCUCGAGAAUCCUCGACUUAAAGCCCAAACAACAGUUAGGUCCGCUACACGAACCAUUCUAUAGAACUCCACAUUGAGUAUCUACAGAAAUCCAACAAAUGCAGAGAUUCGUCUCAAAGUUUUUCCCAAGAUGACAGUGCACAGAAACAAACGUGUUUGGGAAACACACACUAUAUAGACUCGUAUGGACUCGAUGAUGAAGAUUUGAGAGGCGCACGGCAGCGGUAAGGAUAUUAUCUUUUAUGUGGCAUCAGUAGGAUGAGUAAGUGAUUAUGGAGAAACAGAUUUUCUAUGUGAGUGAGACAAUUUCAUGCUAUCUAUAAUCACUUAUUUGA